AGUUAAUUUCACUUUUGAAUAUUCCAUUAGUAGUGAACAUACUUAUGUUUAGUAUAGUUAAUUGAUCGAGCUUGAUUAGGCUGAAUAUUUUGAUAUAUAGGUGAAAACUGUUUCAUAUGGUAUGGCUCAAAGGCUGCAGUAGUUAUCUCGGAUCACGAAAUGAUAAAAGAGAUUCUGUCGAAGAAUUAUGUUUUUCAGAAGCCUUCUACUCCACUAGAUAAGCUGCUAGCACAAGGCGUGGCAGCGUACGACGCAGAUAAAUGGGCAAAGCAUAAAAGACUACUAAAUCCUGUUUUUCAUCUAGAGAAAUUAAAGCUUAUGCUUCCGUUGUUUUACUUGAGCUGUGUUGACAUGUUGAGCAAAUUGGAAAAGAUGAUACCAAGUGAGGUGGAUGUGUGGCCUCAUCUUCAAGGCCUCACGAGCGAUGUGAUCUCGCGCACUGCGUUUGGGAGCAACUACGAACAAGGUAGAAGGAUAUUCGAGCUCCAAAAAUUGCAAGGCGCGCUCUUGUUUAAGGCGUUUCAAAUGCUUUACAUCCCGGGUUGGAAACUUUUGCCAACGAGAACAAACAAAAGGAUGAAAGAAAUAGCCAUGGAAGUGGACUCAUCAAUUAUAGGCAUCAUCAAUAAAAGAAUGCAAAUGAUUGAAGCAGGGGAAGUAACAGAGUCCAAUGACUUGCUAGGAAUAUUGUUGGAGUCCAAUUUCAAGGAGACCCCAAAAAAAUGGUGAAGAUUUUGGGAUGAACUUGAGGGAGGUCAUUCAUGAGUGCAAACUAUUCUACCUUGCCGGGAAGGAAACAACAUCUGCCCUGCUCGCGUGGACCAUGAUUCUGCUGAGCAAGUAUCCAGACCUCUAUUCGUUCGAUUCCUGCAUUAAAAAAAAACAAAAAAAAAACACUUAAUUGUGUUUUAUUAAAGUACAAAAUAAUUCAAGAAUGUGAAUAAUUAAAAUACACACAUUAAAUAUCCUCUUUGCCACGGUUGUUUGCUUAUUUUUAGACAUGCUGCAAGUGUACGAGUGCUAUUGAGUAAAUUAACAAGUAAGGUCGUA